UUUCAUUAGUCCCACUUGUUGAAUUCCACUAGGCUUAUUACUUAUCAGUGAUUUGAGUUCUUAAUUAACUAGCAAUUGCAUCGGUCAAUGGCGGCAAUCAGCAACAUCAGUUUGCAAUUUCCAGGGAAUUUAACCGAUGCAAAGAAGGAUAAUAAUGUUUUGAGGCUUAGCUUUUGUUCUCCACGCAACACUACCAACAUGUCUAGUGAAAAACGAAGAUUUUUAUCGGUAAGUGCAAGUUACAGUGAUAGUCCUCGAAAAAUAGACACGGCAAAUAGAGUGAAUGUGAAUGGAAUACAUGUGGCAGAGGCUCCUCUACAAGCAGGGAAAUUGGCAAAUGAUCCAAGUGCAGCAGAUGAAGCUAUUGUUACCAGCUUGCGUGGAAGGUUUGUGGAGGGUAAGUUUGUAUUUAGGCAAAUUUUUGUUAUCAGGUCUUAUGAAAUUGGACCAGAUAAAACUGCCACAAUGGAGACACUCAUGAAUUUUCUUCAGGAAACUGCUUUAAAUCAUGUCACCAGCUCUGGGAUUGGUGGAGAAGGAUUUGGAGCAACCCGCGAGAUGAGCCUUAGAAAACUCAUUUGGGUGGUUACUCGUAUUCAAGUUCAAGUGCAAAGAUAUAACAAAUGGGGAGACGAAAUUGAAGUUGAUACUUGGGUCGAUGCAGCAGGAAAGAAUGGAAUGCGAAGAGAUUGGAUAAUCAGGGAUCAUUACAGCAAAGAGAUCAUAACAAGAGCAACAAGCACAUGGGUAAUCAUGAAUAGACAAACAAGAAGACUAUCCAAGAUCCCUGAAGAGGUUAAGCAAGAGCUGCUUCCUUUUUAUCUUAACAGGCUUGCCGUUCCUACCGAAGAAACAGAUUGUGAAAAGAUAGACAAACUCACUGAUGAGACUGCUCAGAUCAGAAUCCUAUCUGGACUGGCUCCAAGGUGGAAUGACAUGGAUGCUAACCAGCAUGUCAACAAUGUGAAAUACAUUGGAUGGAUUUUAGAGAGUGUGCCAAUUGAAGUGCUAGAACAUUAUAACAUGACAAGCAUGACUUUGGAGUUUCGGCGUGAAUGUACACAAUCAAAUUUGUUGGAAUCCAUGACAUGUCCAACAGCAAGAGUUAUGGAAUCCAAUAAUAAUUCCAAGAAUAGAAAACCCGACAUGCAAUACACACACUUGCUUCGUCUGCAACAAGAUAAAGCAGAUGUUGUCCGAGCCAGAACUGAAUGGAAUUUUAAGCAAAAGCAUCAGUGAUACACAACAUUGACAAAAACCACAGUAUCUGUGGACCCUGUACCCUUCUUCUUCGAUGUUCCUGUUUGCUUUUUGCUCUUAUGGUUUUGCUUUCUAGGAUCCUUUAAGUUCUACAUUCAUUACAACACAUUUGUCAAUUUAUCCUCUUUGUGAAUUCUUUCUGUGAGGAGAAUUGUAGAUUGCUAGUUAUUGAGAAAUUUGUUAUAAAUAAAAGCAUUUGAUAAUAACUGAUUAAAAUAUAUC